GAGUUUCCCUUCCCAAACAGGCCGUGGACCAGAUAUAUCACAUAUAUAGUCGGACCCGGUCUCCGCGCUGCAGACCCCGAGAGUUGUUUCACGCCCAAAAUGUGCGUCCCCAUCUUCCCCGCCACCAGCAACCAGCGCGCGCCUCUUCAUCCGAAGACACCAUUCCCGUUCCGCAAUUGUUACCACUGGGCCUACACCGACCUCCUUCUCCGAGUUUCGACUGGCGGAUAUCCCCGCAGAGAUGACCCGCGAGUCACAACACUGCCCGGCCGCGAACGCGUCAGGAUGGACACACUGCUAACAGAGGAUCUGGAUGCCGCGGUGCUCGCGAGAAGGGAACGAGAU